CUCGGAUAAACCUUUGCUGCCUUGCUCAGAUUGAAAGCACAAGGACAUCUGCACAGAGCAGCCUCUGCUUCCAGCACUUAUGUUCACGAGUUUAUCUAUGGAGCCCACUUUAGUUCCUUCAUACGCGUGGUCUGGUGAAAGUAAAUCCACGCAGCAUCCUUCAGACGUGCACACCAGUGUGGUCGUUACGCGCAGCAUCCCAUCUGGCACCUGCUUCGGUCCCUGCGUCCUUCAGGGAACUUUCGACAGCAUCGCUUUCAUAGCGCAGAAGUCCAGCGACACCCGGAACAAGGCUUAUAUGUUCAGGGUGGAGCCCGAGUCUUUGAAUAACUCUGCUCUGCUCCUCUCUUGGUUGCGCCUCAUCCAAGCCGCGCGUAAUGCUGAGGAGAAGAACACAGAGGCCUUUCUGAAAGCAGGACAACUUCACAUACGUAUCACGCGGGAGGUCCGAUCUGAAGAAGAGCUGCUGAUGUGGUACGACGAGGAACUGUGUCACCUGCUGGGAUUCACAGAGUUGAGGAGAGAGAUUUCUCAAGACUUCAAGUGUGCCAGAUGCAGCCAGGUGUUCAAACACGAAUAUCCCUUCCUGGCCCACUGCCGUUUCCUGUGCACCCAAAUGAAGGCUGAUACCUGGAGCCAGGAACACACUAAACACAAAGAAGCGCAUAGCAUCAGUAAAAGGCAACACAAAGUGACCGACUUUCACAACAUCGCCAGGGAUUUGGAGCAGAAAAACAAAUUGGAUGCGGCUGUGGACGUUUCACCAAAGAAAAGAAAGUAUGAGGAUACACUUUAUCAUAAAAGCAGAAAAGCAGUUUUGUUGGAGAAAACAAAUAUUUCAAAUGAUGUUCACAUCACAACAUACGAGGAAGUGGGAGGUUCAAGCACGAAUUUGAAAGAAAAGGCUGAUAAAAGUGGAUGUAAAAAAGACGAACUCGAUAUAAAGAUGAGCGCACAGUUGGAAACAGGGGAAAGCUCCAACAGCAGCGCAUUUACACUGAUUUCGUCCAAUACCCAAGGAGAAUUGAAAAGCGCUUUUUGCAAACCUCUUAAAAGGACGUCACCUCUCAAUACUGCACCAACAGCGCCCUCUAGUUGUGUCGAGGAGAUGGCGGAUGCCAUGGCAUCCUCCAGAGUCUUGAUGGGAUACAACUUGAUGGCGUCCAGUGUCUUAAACACAGAAAUGCACUCGUCUUUAUCCUCUGCGGUCACACUGAACAGUGCGUUUCAUUACGCACCUGAGCACUGGUCCCGGAGCAUAGGAGUACACCUCCACUCCAAGUCUUCCCCAUCGUCUUCUCUCACCACUCUUCCUCCCUCUUUCACUUCUUUCGGCGUUUCGGUGCAAAAUUGGUGCGCCAAGUGCAAUUUAUCCUUCCGCAUGACCUCUGACCUCGUGUUUCACAUGCGCUCACACCAUAAGAAGGAAUUUGCCGCGGAAUCUCAAGUGAGAAGAAGGAGAGAGGACAAACUCACCUGUCCCAUCUGUCACGAAUUCUUUCGGGAAAGACAUCACCUGUCUAGACACAUGACCUCCCAUAACUGACCACGCACCAUGGACAUGGACAUUAUUUAUUCAUUAUUUAAUCCUGCUCAAGUAAAAAAAGUGAAUGUAGUCUCUCCACUAGGGGGC